AUGCGUUGCCUGAAGAUGCUCCGCGAGGGCACCCUGCUCACAGCGCUGCCCCUUGGCGUUUCUGGGCGGGAAGGGGGAAGGGCAGACAUUUUGCAAGGAAGCGAAUGGAAUGUUAAGCAGACGCCGACCCUGGUGCAGCUCUUAUUUGUCAGGUACGAGAAGAGCAAGAAGGUCUACUCCUUCCGCUGGCGCGGCGGCAACCAGCAGAUCGCCUUCCAGACCACGGUGCCGGCGGCCGCAGGAUCCCAAAUCGCGGCGGAAGUCAUCGCCCGCGCUUGCUACAUGAAGUUCGAGCAGGGCUGGACGAAGGAUAAGAUCCUCGAAUGGCGCAACCAGUGCUACGCUCGCUUGGGCGGGCGGGCGCCCAGCCUGGCCACAUCACAGGCUGCCAGCCAGCGAGGCAGAAAUUCCCAUGCGCCUGCAACGCCAGUAACGCCAGUGACACCUGUGCUGUCGCGAAGCGCCGGACGUGAGCAUACGACAGGCUCGCCAUCAUCUUUGCGGCGACAGGUUGACGACUCCCCGCCAAAGAAUGUGAAGCCCCCGAGGCCGUCCAGGACGCCUCACGAGGGCUUUCUUCCCCCUCAGCACCUGAAGCUCCUGUUGGAUGACCCGCAGGCACCUUUGCCCAAGAACGAGGUGAAGAUCCGCUCCCAGGGAUACGCCUCCCAAGCCUUUGCGUCGCAGCGCGCGAGCUCACCGCCGAGGCCUGCUGGCUUCAGCCAGCAACUGCAAGUGGAGAAGUCGGACACAGGUCACAGUGGCUGCUGCAGCUGCCGUGUUGAGAAGCGGCGGGAUGACCCUCCGGUGCUCCGCAGCGAGGGAGCGCCCAAAGCCCGAGAAGCUGAAGACGUUGACAGAAUGCGGACAACGAAGUUAGAAGAGAAAUCGACAGAGCGUGAUGCCAAGCGAAAGAGAGAGGACGAUGUCGAAGGAAAGGAGGCAAGGCUGCAGCGGCCACUGUCACUCCUUGAGAGCCUGCCAGAGAGCCAGAGUCAGCUCCCCGAUAGCGAGCUACCAGAAGGUCGACGUAUGCAGGACCUGCUGAGCCGAGACAGCCAGCCAGAGAGCCAGCACCGGCCGGAGACGCAACCCACCCCGGCGUUCUUUGAACCGCCAGUUCCUGAGGCAAAGCAGGCGCCAGCAACACUCCCCACACCAGCACCCGAGAGGCCAACCCCCCUGCCUGAAUCGCAACCAAUGCCGGUGACACCGGUCAAGGAGAUCAAGGAGACCUUGCCUACACCGUGGUGCACUCAACCCACACCAAAGGUGGACAUGGCAGACCAUCCAUACAUCAGCGACCCCACCCCUUCGGCUCCAGCAAGGGAUGUGGAAACAACAGCCCCCGCCCUGAGUCAACCAACGCCAUUUCCACAGGCGCCUGAUGCAAGGCCGCAAGAAGAAAACCCUGAAGAAACAGGAAGGGACGGCUCCUUUCCAGACACAGCUGUGGUUGACCCAGGCGAGACCGCUGCAGAGGGCCAGGACUCCGCAUUCCCCUCAGUUUCGCUGGACGUGGUCACGGCCCUCACGCCUGGAACAUGCAUGGCUUCAGCUGCGCCAUUGCCCUCCGCACCAACGCCACUGGCGCGUGCGCCAACAGCAUUGGCGAUGCAAGUGCCAACCGCGGCACCCGUGCCUUCCGCAGCACCAGUCAAGAGAUCACUGCCCAGGGCGGAUGUGGUGCGGCCUGCAGAGGCAAUGCGGAAGCCAGAGCUGGGCUUUGCUUCGCUGCUGCUGCAGCGGUCGCGGGCAGCUGGCGCCAGGCAUCUCGCGGCCAAGCUAGCAGCGGAAACAAAGUAG